AUGGGGUGCUGCUUCUCUCGAGACUCCAACAGCUCGCACUACCCAGGCUCCACGGCCGGCCAGCACGGCGACUCCUCUCGCCAGAUCAACCAGAAUCCAGCUGAGCAGUCGACGAUAAACCGCGCCCGUUCGCACUCGCCCUCUGGCACAUCGACAGCUACCUCGCGGCCCUCGCAGUCGGCCGGCCGUCGUGUUGCUCUCCCGCUAAGCGAACAUUUCAACCGGCCGAUCCGCCAGCAUGUCUGGAAGAGCAAACGCCGCAUAUGGACUCGGGCGGCCCUGGAUAAACAACGACAGGACUUUUUCGAUACCCGAGUCGCCGGUCGACCAGAGAUAUGGGCCGCCUUGUCUACCGCCCUGGCCCUGCUGAGGGAGGGUGAUAUUUCUACUGCGCAAGGUAUCAUCGAUGCGGCUGGCAUCACCGUUCCUACGGGCGAUAUAUGCGAAGGAUGCUACGAUGAGAGUGGCGCGCUGUACAAGUUUCCGGAAGCAAUUGUAUCGGAUCCUAUAAAUGUUGCUGAUGAGAGUCCUACUGAAGACAGCUUCAAAUGCGAUAUCGGCACCGAUAUCGAUGGCGGGGACGAUGAGAUGUCUACUUCAAGGAUGGUGUUGGGCGUCGAUUCAUGUGAUGACCUACUGGACAAGGAAAAGGAGAGAAGACGUGAAGAGAAGGGGAAACGGAGUGAGAGGGACUACAUCAAGGUCACCGCACGGCUGAGUGACCGUGGCGGGCCUGAUGUUGUCGUCAGCGUCGGUAGAGAGCAGACGGUCGGUGCCCUCGUUCGAAAGAUUCAGGCUGAAGCAGGGCUUCCCAGCAACAGCCGGAUCCAGAUCGUAUACCUAGGCAAGCUCUUCAAAGAAAGCAAUACACUGCUUGCGCAAGGGUGGAAAGAAGGCAACGUCGUCAACGUCUAUGUCAGGAGCCACAAGUGA